AUGACAUCGUCUGAGUAUUUUCUCGACGCCCCCACCCAGUUCCCGUCAGUUCCACACAUUCAUACAGCCUCGACUCCGAGUCCCGUCACUCAGUUCUCCCACACACUUUUGUCCCGGCCCACUUUUCUCUCGUUGUCAUGCGAUGCAAUUCAACCCGAUCAGUCGCAGACUGUACCUGACCCGGCUCGAGGACACGCCUGCACAAGAAAGUGUACACAAACCGACCGUGCUCCGCUCGCCGGUUCCACCGGCACCAGCACCGGCAAGAGUGACUCUGCCCGUCCGCCGGAGGGGGUCAAGGCGAGCUUGUUAAUGCCAACCGCGCCGACCCGGACGACAAGGGAAAUGCGCAAAAGGGCGCACCGGCAGUCUCUUCUGCCUCGUCUCUGCCUCGCAACCGUCGUGUCUACGAGGCAUCCUAAAACCAGCCUCAACUGGCCCGUUCAGGCCACCAUUCUCUCCUCUCCCAAGGCCAGUUCUGGCUGUGUUUUGGGUGAAACUGUCUGCAUCACCUCGUCUUGGCCUCUUCCAGCCUCACUUUUGAAGGCAUCCGUUGUUGCAGUUGCUGCGAAAGCAAGCGGGGUCUUGAAGUCUCGACUGGACCCACCAGAAGCCGAAGGAGGACUGCGACAAUGGGCCGCAUCGACAGUCAGCCUCAACAACUAUUACUACUACUUCCGAUGA